AUGUCAUACAAUUUUACAGGCACACCUACUGACGUAGGCACAGGAGGUGAUUCAUUAACCACUGAUUUGAAUACACAGUAUGAACUUGUCAAUAUGGCUUGGCUAGGUGUAUGUACUGCCGGGGUUUGGCUAAUGGUCCCAGGCAUUGGUUUACUAUAUUCAGGUUUAUCUAGAAAAAAACAUUCACUAUCUUCUUUAUGGCUUUCUUUAACUGGCGCAUGUGUCUGCAUAUUUCAAUGGUUCUUCUGGGGUUAUUCUUUAACCUUUUCUCACAAUACCAGAGGUAAUGGAUUCCUUGGUACUUUACAGUUUUUUGGUUUCAGAAAUGUACUGGGUGCACCAUCAACUGACUCUGCAGUACCUGAUAUUUUAUAUGCAGUUUUUCAAGGUAUGUUUGCUACCGUUUCUGGUGUCUUAGCCAUGGGUGGCGGCGGCGAAAGAGCUAGAUUGUUCCCAAUGAUGGUGUUCUUAUUCCUAUGGAUGACUUUAGUAUAUUGUCCAUGUGCUUGUUGGACUUGGAAUAGUAGCGGCUGGUGUGCUGUCCUUGGUUCCCUUGAUUUUGCUGGUGGUAUUGUCCAUCAAACAGCUGGCCAUGGUGCGUUAGUAUAUGCUUUAGUAUUAGGAAGAAGAGAUAAAAAGAAAAAUGGCUCAAUCCCAAAAUAUAAACCACAUUCUGUUACCUCUGUUGUUUUAGGAACUGUGUUUUUAUGGUUCGGUUGGCAAUUUUUUAAUCCUGGCUCUGCAGGUAAUGCCACUAUUAGAGCUUGGUAUGCUGCUAUGAAUACAAACUUGGCAGCUGCUUCUGGUGGGCUAACCUGGAUGUUCAUUGAUUACUUCAGAUAUGACGGUAAAUGGACAACUGUCGGUUUGUGCUCUGGAAUCAUUUCCGCAUUAGUAGGCAUCACACCAGGUGCUGGUUUUGUUCCAAUUUGGGCUUCAUUUAUUAUUGGUGUUUUGACCGCCAUUGGCUGCAACUUUGCUGUUGAUAUCCAAUAUAUGCUCAAGAUUGAUGAUGGCUUUGCUGUUUGGGCGCUUCACGGUGUUGGGGGUUGUAUUGGCGCUGUGCUAACAGGUAUUUUCGCUGCUGAUUAUGUCAACGCUACCGCUGGUUCCUAUAUCGCUCCAAUCAAGGGUGGUUGGCUAAACCACCAUUGGAAGCAAGUUGGUUAUCAAUUAGCUUCCAUGUCUGCAAUAUGUUCUUGGACUUGUGUUGUCACUGCCAUUAUCUUAUUAGUUAUGAACAGAAUCCCAUGGUUAAAGAUCAGAUUAUUACCAGAAGAAGAAGAGAGAGGUACAGAUGCUGCAGAAAUCGGAGAAUUUACAUACCAAAGUGACGAUGAAGACACAUCUCCAACCAACGAACUAACCGAAUCCGAAGAAGACUAUACUUUUGUUCCACAACCAGUCAGAUCUAGAGUCUCUGUGAUGGCCUCCAUCAAAAAUAAAAUCCAUAUAUCAGAAGACAAAAUUGGACAGAUAGUUGAUGAGGUAUUAAGUAACAAUAAUGAGAAUUUUUCAAGUAGUGAAGAGAAAUCUGCCAAGGAAACAAACUAA